UUACGGUCCAGAUAUGUUUUUCUUGUAACCUUGCAUUUUAUUUAAAAAUUUCUAUUAUCUGCUUACGAUUUCACCAGGUUGUCAGAGCGAAAAAGAAAGAAACCGGAACUGUCUAUGCCAUGAAGAUCAUGGAUAAGAAGUUCAUCACAAAGGAAAAUAAAACUGAUUAUGUAAAAUUGGAGCGCAUUGUAUUAGACCAGUUAGAUCAUCCUGGUGUAGUGCGGUUGUUUUUUACAUUUCAAGAUACUUACUCUCUGUACAUGGCGCUUGAAUCUUGUGAAGGCGGAGAACUUUUUGAUCAAAUAACGAGGAAAGGCCGCUUGUCUGAGGAUGAGGCUCGUUUUUAUGCAGCUGAAGUUGUGGAUGCUCUUGAAUAUAUACAUAGUAUGGGGUUGAUACAUCGAGAUAUUAAGCCCGAGAACCUGCUACUUACUGCAGAUGGACAUAUUAAAAUUGCUGACUUUGGUAGUGUAAAGCCCAUGCGAGACAGUCAGAUAACAGUCCUUCCAAAUGCAGCAUCGGAUAAGGCGUGUACCUUUGUGGGGACAGCUGCUUAUGUACCUCCAGAAGUAUUAAAUUCUUCUCCCGCAACUUUCGGGAAUGACAUCUGGGCACUUGGAUGCACGCUUUACCAAAUGCUUUCAGGGACUUCUCCCUUUAAAGAUGCUAGCGAAUGGCUUAUUUUUCAAAGAAUUAUUGCUAGAGACAUCAGAUUUCCAAAUUACUUUUCAGCCGAAGCACGAGAUCUCAUUGAUCGGUUAUUGGACAUAGAUCCCAGCAGGCGCCCAGGUGCAGGACCUGAUGGUUAUGCUUCACUCAAAAGCCAUCCUUUCUUCAAGGGAAUUGAUUGGAAUAAUUUGAGGGAGCAACCCCCACCAAAACUUGCAAUGGAGCCUAAAGUGCGCCCUUUUUUUUUUCUUUUU